AGCGAGAAGGGCACAAGACGCAUGCAAAAAAAACGAUGAAGAGGAAAUCGCGUGUGGAAGUAUUUAGGGUUUGGGGGAAGGGGGAGAGCGAGGGUUCGCGAGGAAUCCUCCAGCGCGCCGCGGAGCUGCGCAGCACCAGCGCCAGCAUCAGGUAGGCGAGGCCGAUCUCUCCCCAAUUCCGCGCUCCCGGAAGCGCCUCUCCGGCUCCUCCAGCUCCAGGAUCUUGCCAGUCGCAGCGCGGCGCUGAAUGCCGUCUUGAGAUCGCGAGCUCGAAAAUGCCGCCGGGCAUGAAAUAUUGGGAUGACUGUGUGGAUCCCGAGGACAUGCUCGCGAUGUGGUCGCAUGUCGAUGUCCGCAAGGAGUGGAUCGCCGCCGGGGAAGCUCCAGGAAGCAAGGUUCAUAUGUCGAGAAAUCCGGACGGCCAUCCAUACCUCACUCAAACGGAAAUGCGGGCUGUGGCGGAGCUUAUCAUUGGAAGGCACUUCAAGCGAAGGCUCGAUCCAUCGAUGAUUUGCGCUAUUGCGGAGAUCGAGAGCCAUCGUCAACCUCUAGCACAUCGCUAUGAGCCGAAGCUAAAGGAAGCAAGCACGGGUCUUAUGCAAGUGUUAGCGUCCACGGCUGAAUGGCUAGUCAAGGACAUGAGCUUCAAUGCCUAUUCUGCUGACAUGCUCUACAGACCUUUUGUCUGUGUCUACUUUGGAGCGGCAUAUUUGAAAUGGUUGUCUACCUACGAGCAUAAGAGGCGGAGUGAAGAGUUCAUGGUUCGGGCAUAUAACUCAGGACCGAAGCAUGCGACAAGCAAGUUCACUCUCGGUUAUUGGAACCGUUACUUACAAGCCAAGCAGAACCUACCUAUUGGAAGGGAGUUGCCUGUUCUUGAGUCGCCUGCUUCAACGCCAGCUCCUGCUCAUCUGGGUUCCGCUGCAGUGCAACCGAGUCCUUCGCCAGGACGCCAGUGGAUUUAUUGGGAGGAAAGAACUUCGGCACAGGACAUGGCAGAAAUGUGGAGACAACCAGAUGUGAAAAAGGAAUGGACCAAGGCAGGAGAAAAACCAGGAAAAGUGCGCUUUUCCCGUGAUACUCAGAUGCGACCUUUUGUUACAAGGACGGAGUUGAAGGCCAUUGCAGGAAUAAUCGUAUCGAGAUACUUUACUGACAGAGGAAUUAGCCCAGCUAUGCUUUGCACGUUAGCAGAUAUCAGCAGUAAAAGGCUUUUGUUCGGGCUGGAAUCUCCGACAGGACUAAUGCAGACGCCAUAUACCACCGCGUUAUGGCUCUACUCAGAUUUGGGGUACAAGUCAUACAGGCUAAGAUCAUGCGAAGACUUAACUAAGCCCUUUGUGUCGAUGUAUUUUGGAGCGGCGUAUGUCUCCUGGUUAGCAGGUUACAAGAACAGGACGAGAAGUGACCAGUUCAUCGUCCAGUCGUACAGAGGUGGGCCUCUGUGUGUAGAUAGUGCUGAAGCUGGGCCGUUCUGGCUAAAAUACCUGGACACGCUCCCGGAGUAUCAUCCCAGACCAAAAAGCCAGCAAGGUAGCUGCACCAUACAAUGAAAGUCUAACAAAAGAUCGAAGGCCAGGGAAGUUUUUAUAGUCAUCUUUCUUUUAGAGCGGCCAAUGGAGUUUUGUUUCUCCGAGUUUUAACAUACACACAGGGUCGGGACGAGGAAAAAACGACCAGCUUAUACUAUCCAGUUUGCUAGCAAGGAUGAAAUUAAAAGAUCGUUUAGUGGGAUUUGUUUCAAACUGAAGGACGUGACUUUUAAUGUAAAGAGGGGCGUGAUCUAGCAUCACAUAGUUCGUCGA